CCAUCACAGUAAUUCAUAACAAAAACAUUUCGGGGCUGGCUUCCUGGAUCCAGUAUUUAAAUGUGCACCUAACACCAAAUAUUCUGUGAGCAAACAACACUACCUGCAUUAGUUUUUAUGUCUAAAGCUAAAACCAAUAUUGCAAAGUCAAAACCAAUAUAUCUUCGCAAAACGCGCGAGGUUUCCACUCGAUUCUUACACGGGAACAUCUGUAAAUGCACUAAUAGAUGGUCAAUAAUAAGAAUAAGAAUAACCGUAGACUUACCUGAUGGGAUCCCGUACAGCAGAACUAUUUUCUGAAAUCGACAAACUUCGUACUGAGCUGUUGAACAAUGUGGAAGCGAUGAUAGACCGUCGGCGAGCUGAAGAGGAAAUCAGUCAGAGGGAAAUUUUGACCCGCAUUGAAAGCGUAAUCCUCGGAAUAGUGACCAGUCUGUCCAAAGACGAGGCCCCUGUCCUGGCACUGCCCAAGAGGUCUAGCUGGGCCAGUGUCAGCUUUGACACUGCCGUCGGGCUCCAAAUGAGUUCAGGAUGUUCUGUCACCACCAUUAGGAGCGACUGCCCUGCAUCUGCCACUAAAUUUGCUCAGAUUGUCAAGAUUAUCUCAGUCAUCUACAGGCUUGUGCAGAGCAACUCAUAUGCUACAAAAAGAGACAUCUAUUACAACAACACACAGCUGUUUGGUUCACAGAGAACUGUUGAUACUAUAGUAGAUGACAUCUCCUGCUUGCUGAAGAUUCCUCGCAGAUCUCUGCAUGUCUUAGCCACAUCCAAGGGAUUAAUCUCAGGCCAUCUGUGUUACUUGGAGGAGGACGGCACAAGGAUCAACUGCCAUUCGAGCUCUGCUGCUGUUGCAGUUUCAUCAAAUAUUGUUGGAAUUAGAAAUAUUGUAUCAUCUGCAAAAUUUAUCAUGAUAGUUGAGAAGGAUGCAACGUUCCAGAGACUGCUAGACGACCACUUCUGCACAAAGCUCUCUCCUUGCAUCAUAAUCACAGGCAAAGGUGUGCCAGAUGUGAACAGCAGGUUAAUGGUGAGGAAACUUUGGGAUGUGCUGCAAAUCCCCAUCUUCGCCCUGGUGGAUGCUGACCCUCACGGCAUUGAGAUCAUGUGCAUCUACAAGUACGGAUCAGUGGCAAUGUCGUUUGAGGCCCACAGUCUGACCGUCCCCAGCGUUAUGUGGCUAGGCCUCCUCCCCUCUGACCUCCAGAGGUUACGAGUUCCCGAGGAGGCCCUGAUCCCGCUCUCCAAGAAAGAUGAAGGCAAACUCAACAGCCUCCUCAAAAGACCAUACUUAACCAGCCAACCAGACUGGCAGAAAGAGAUGGAACUGAUGCAGCAGAGUAAGGUGAAGGCUGAAAUACAGUCGCUGGCAGCCAUAGCUCCUGACUUCCUCACCAGCAUCUACCUGCCCAACAAGCUGCGCUACGGAGGCUGGGUAUGAGCACGAUGCUGCCACUUAGUGGAAUCACAAGUGAACUGCUAAAGUUAGUUUCAAAACUUAAAGAUCUAAGAUGCAGCUGUUACACCUGACUUCAUUAGAUUGAAAUAUUAAUAUAAGUUUGUAGCGUUUUCAUAUUUAUUUGUUGAAAUUAUUUGUUUGACCUUUGUGUGGAUACUGCAUGUAACUGAGAAAUAUAUUAAAACCCUGUGAUCCCACUAACAAGUCA